AUGAUGCCCAAAUCUGCCUCGGCGACCCAGAGUGCGUUUUCCUUCUUCAGCUCAUCCGCCUCCAAGUCUCGCCCUGGCACCUCUUCCGGCGAGUCUAUCCAGCAGCCCCCGCUGCAGCAGCUCAACGGCCUCAACAUCCAGCAAGCCGCCGUCCUCACCAAGGACCGCAAGAAUUCCUUUCCUCGAAAGACGUCCUUUUCGAACAGCGCAGCGCCGCCCGCCUUGCCAGAUUUCGCCCUCGCCGCCGCCGCCAAGCUGAGCAGGGAGACGGAAGCCAUCGCCAUGACGCCUGGGACGGGAGAUAACUUUUCGAGGAUAUUAGGGAGGACGGCGCCAACGUCGGCGGGGUUCAACACUGGCGGCCUAACGCCAGUACCGCCCCCAGGACAGCAGUGGCAAGGCGAGGGCGCGGUUAUGCACAGAAACAUGAGGGAGAUCGCGAGGAAAAGGAUGUACACCUUGGACUACCUCCGGAAAGCACACGAAGGCCAGGUAUUCUGGUUUAACACCUAUAUGUUCGACCGACCAAACCAAACCCGCAUGUCGGCGCUCCAGGCUCAACGACUCGCACGACGAGCUACAAACUAUCUCCUCCUCGGCCUCUCCCUCCCUAACGUCAUAGAUCUUAAUUCUUCCACCCCGCUCGAGUUCCUUCGUAGCUUCAACGCUCUCUUGUCCGAGUUCGACUCUUUCCAACAGCUCCAUGGGCGCCGCACCAGCGCCGCGGACUCCUCCCUAUACCCUGCUGACACGGAUGGAGGCGUUAACGCGGCCGCGACGCCCUCAAGCCUCGUCAACUUUGCCGGGUCUGAGGCCGAGCUCCUCCCCGGCGAAACGUAUACCUAUCUGCUGACACCAGCACUCCCUUUCGACCCCGACUUCCACGAGACGUUUGCAACGCUCUGCGAUGCCCUCAUUGACUGCUACAAGAGGGUCCUGAGCCUUCUACCGACGCCGAGAGAGUUCUCUACACCCGUAGCAGAACAGUUCGCCAAGGUGGAUACCAAGGUGCGGAAGCUCAUCAUCCAAGGCGCCGUCAAGGAGUUUGAAGAGAACAGCAAGAUGCACGUCAAGAUGGAACUAGCCAACAUCACGAAAGUUGUUCUAGGCGGACUAAUGUAG